AUGGUUGAUACUAAUGCGACUGUGAACUGCAAUGAAGGCGGUGAUAUCCGGGAGCGUCGUUCGUCGAGAAGCGGGCUGUCAAGUGGAUCGAAAACUGGAUCGAGAAGGCGUUCGAGGGCAGAACCGAGCUCACGGGGCCGAAGUGCGGAGGUUACUCAGCAGCCGACGUCGUGGAUCAGGAGUGCUUCGACCUCGAGCCUGCUGAGGCUUAAAAGAAAUGAUAAAAUCCACAACAGGAAUAGGAAGGACAAGACAGAGAUGAAUAGGUCUGAGUCUCUUUGCAAAGUAGAGACACAACUUGCUGAGCAGAGGAAAAAAGCAGAUGCCGCGGUUGUUGUGGAUGUUCUGCCUUCUUUUGAGAUGUACAACUCGCUGCACAGACACAUCCCGCAAGGUAACAUUGAUGCCGAUCGGCACGACUUUCCGCCGUGCUACCAGAAGGUGCAGAGCCAGUACAAUUCCAUCUUGAGAGGCAGCGACCAGCCGGAAAGUAUUGCCUUGGGCGUGGCGGACCCCAAUGGUGCAGGAUCGGCUUCUUCGGCUUCAGUGGGUAAUCUUCAUCCGCUUUCGACGCGGCACUUGAACCUUCACGAACCUUCGAAUGUGUCAGAUGGUGAGCUUAACGCUAUAGAGGAUGAUCUCAACGAUUCCGAUAACAUAAACAUCGAUAAGCUCUAUUCGCUGCCUAGGCUUGUCACGCCGAUAGAGAUAGACAUUCGCAUCGCCAAGCAUGCUAUAAAACCGCAUGAAAGGCCUGAGGAAGAGUCUAUGCUUAAGGAAUAUACAUCCGGAGAGAUUAUUCAUGGCUACUGUGUUAUAGAAAACAAGUCAACUCAACGUGUAAAAUUCGAAAUGUUCUAUGUUACACUAGAGGGAUACAUAUCGGUGACUGAUAAGCAGAAGGGCAAGCGUACGGUGAAAAGGUUUUUGAGAAUGGUUGAUCUGAGUGCCAGUUGGUCGUAUGGCUGUGUUGAUAUAAGCUCAGGUAUCAAAGUUGUUCCUGGCGAUAUUGAUUUCGACAAUACAGUGUUGGGACUCACUAAUAACAGGAUCUUGGAACCGGGAAUGAAAUAUAAAAAGUUUUUCAUGUUUAAACUACCAAAUCAAUUACUGGAUGUCACUUGCAAACAAGAACAAUUCUCUCAUUGUCUUUUGCCCCCCAGCUUUGGUAUAGAUAGAUUCAAGCAUGGAGGGAAAUACUCCGGAAUCAAGAUUAACAGCAUCCUUGGUUGUGGCCAUCUGGGGAUCAAAGGCUCUCCAAUCUUAACAUAUGAUAUGGCUGAAGAGUCCUUGUCAAUCAAUUACACGAUAGAUGCCAAGUUUGUGGGAAAAGACAAAAAGACCCAACAGCUGAAUAUCAUGAGUGAACAUCAAUAUCAUUUGCGAGUGAUUCCGUUUGGGUUUAAUUCCCCAGUUAUUGGUGAAAAGGACUCAUCACGACAACUGGAGGACCUGACAGCUUUGGUUCAGGAACGGUUGGAGGCUCUCUCACGGGUUUUUGAGAGGCUGAAGAACCGUGAGCCUAUUUCAGCUGUAGAUAUUCAUGGAACAGAUAUCAGCGGCACAGUCAGCGAUAUUCAACUGGAUUCAGAAGAGAUUUUGGCGCGUAAAAUGCAUCAGCUACACCUGAACAAUAGAGUGGACCCCCAGUAUUACCUUUCCAGGGAAAAAGAUCUAAAGGGCUGUGCAUAUGAGGCUGACUUCUGUGAAGCGGAGCUAAGUUACAAGCUCAAGUCCAAAUCCGCUUCCACCCUCACGAGCGGAAUAUUCACGGGUUUCAAGAGCUCCCAAUCUAACCCAAACGAUGGUACAAAGGAUAAGCUCAAUAAAGUAGGCCUGAUGGUCUUGAAAGCGAAACAUCCAGACCUUGCGCUGCCUUACUUGUCACCAUCUUUACUUAGAAAGAAGAACAAAUUUGGAGAGAAGAAUGAGCAUGAUCAAGAAAAUUGGUUGAGAAUUUCGAGCCUGGUACCCGAAGAGGUGAGGAACAAACUAGAAUACAUAGACAUCGAGCUAGAGUGCAUUCAAUCGAACAAUAGUGCACCUCACGAACCUCCUGAGAUACAGAGCGUCACGACGGAACUCAUAUGCAUAACAGGCAAGUCGGACAACUCCAUCCCAAUUAAGCUGGAUGCAAAAAUAUUGAUGAAUCAAGACAAAUUGCAGCAUGUCAAGCGACAAUAUAGCGCAUUUGUGUCGGAGAUACAGAAUUACAGUGAAAUGUUUGAAAAGAAUCUGGUUGAGCUCAAUGAAUUAUACAGCUUGGACUGCGUUUCGGCACUCUCUAGACAGUUGAGCUUUACAGAUUUUAUCUCCGACCAGAUACGUAACGAUGUCGAGAGCUUGGCAAAUUUGAGCACAAGUGUGGUAAAUCUUCACGAGGUUUUCAAAAAACAAGCGCAUACGAUGAAGAAGUCAUCGCAAGAUAGCAUGUCAUCAAACUCAUCGAGCAGCUCACUAAGCAAAAAUGGAUCUGUUACCUUCAUUGUUGGUUCCUCUUUCGAGAUACCCGGGGCAUCUACUAAACAUGGCGAACAGACAGCGCGCGAAUGGGUUAACGAUUCUCCCAUGCAUUACAAGCGAACUGUCAGAGUUAAUCUCGAGUACAGCGACAAUAUCAAGGAAACACUGGUUCCAACAUUCGAGAGUUGUUUAUGUUGUCGCUUCUACUGCGUUCGCGUCAAGAUCAAAUUCGACAAUCACAUCGGCACAGCAAGCAUCGAUAUACCCGUGUCUGUUAAAAAUUUACACUGCUGA